GAUUUUGACUGCAUGUCUUGACUUCACUGUUAAUUUACUAGUGGUAUCCCAUCUGCAUGGUUAAAUCUUACUUUAUCAAGCACCAUUAUUCCCUAGCAGAUAUGGGAACGAUUUCACGAUGUUGGUCGAAGUGGGACUGAUCGACGGGCAGCCACCUGUCCAGCUGGAAUUCACCCUGAUGGUGCAUGCUCAUGUGGUUUGAUGUUAAGGGCUGAGGAGUCUGGUGCUCGUGCAAGCAUUUCACGAAUAGUCAUGCUUGCUGAAGCAUUGUUUGAGGUACUAGAUGAAAUACAUAGACAACCCAUGUCACUACCCUUGUCUGUGGUCUCAGUUCCAGCUCCAGAGACAGUUGUUGACUCUCUACCUGUGAAGAUUCAUAGGAAGCCAGAAAGACUGGAAAGUGGAGAUGAUGUUAUACAGUGUUAUAUUUGCUUGGCAGAGUACGAAGAGGGGGACAGAAUAAGAAUUCUCCCUUGCCACCAUGAGUAUCAUGUGGCCUGUGUUGAUAAAUGGCUCAAAGAAAUACAUGGCGUAUGCCCCCUCUGUCGACGAGAUGUUCGUGAGGGUUUAAGCUUGACAGGAGGUGCCAUUUCAACCUCUGGAGUUCCUUCUUUUUGAGAGGUUUUCUAUGUACACAUGUACAUAAGCCAAUUUUGUUCUUGAGCUGUUGUUGCAUGUAGCCUUUCGAGAAAUAUGUACCUCACUUAAAAUUUAUUGGACCAUUGCUUUGAUUCAAGGCAAAUUUCUUAUAUAUUUCAGUUAAAUUCAUAAACAAA